GGGGGGCGGGACUUGGUGCCGGAAGUGCUCCUUCCCCGGUUGUUUGUGUUUGCAGCCCAGCGGAGGAGAUGCUCGCGGCGGCCGAGUGGAGGGAGCUGGAGGACGGUUAGAGCGGGAGAGAGCGAGCGAGAGCGGGCGAGCGGGCGAGGGGGCGCGGCGCGGAGCCGGGGUCAGACCAUGAGCUGCAGCCGGCACUGGGGGGAAUGGUUCCUGAACCUGCGGGUGCCGCCGGCCGGCGUGUUCGGCGUGGCCUUCCUGGCCCGGGUCGCGCUGGUCUUCUACGGCGUCUUCCAGGACCGCACUCUGCUGGUGCGGUACACCGACGUGGACUACCACGUGUUCACGGACGCGGCGCGCUUCGUCUCGGAAGGGCGCUCCCCGUACCUGAGGGCCACGUACCGCUACACCCCGCUGCUGAGCUGGCUGCUCACGCCCAACGUCUACCUCAGCGAGCUCUUCGGCAAGUUCCUCUUCAUCAGCUGCGACCUCCUCACCGCCUUCCUCCUGUACCGCCUGCUGCUGCUCAGGGGGCUGGGGCGCCGCCGGCCCUGCGGCUACUGCGUCUUCUGGCUGCUUAACCCCCUGCCCAUGGCCGUGUCGAGCCGGGGCAACGCCGACUCCAUCGUCGCCUCCCUGGUGCUGACGGCGCUGUACCUGAUAGAGAAGCGGCUCGUCGCCUGCGCCGCGGUCUUCUACGGGUUCGCCGUGCACAUGAAGAUGUACCCGGUGACCUACAUCCUCCCCAUAGCGCUCCACCUGCGGCCCGAGCGCGGCGACGACGACGAGAGCCUCCGGCAAGCCCGCUACUGCUUCCAGGCCCGUCUGUACGACUUCCUGAAGAGGCUGUGCAGCGGGGCCGUGCUGCUCUUCGUAGCCGUGGCGGGACUCACGUUUUUCGCCCUGAGCUUCGGCUUCUACUACAAAUACGGUUGGGAGUUUCUGGAGCACACCUACUUCUAUCACCUGACCAGGCGGGAUAUCCGCCACAACUUCUCUCCCUACUUCUACAUGCUGUAUUUGACUGCCGAGAGCAAGUGGAGUUUCACCCUGGGGCUUGCCGCAUUCCUGCCACAGUUCAUCUUGCUUUCUGCCGUGUCUUUUGCCUACUACAGAGAUCUUGUCUUUUGCUGUUUCCUUCACACGUCCAUUUUUGUGACUUUUAACAAAGUUUGCACCUCUCAGUACUUCCUUUGGUACCUCUGCCUUCUGCCACUGGUGAUGCCACUAGUGAGAAUGCCUUGGAAAAGGGCCAUAGUUCUCUUGAUGUUGUGGUUCAUAGGGCAGGCCUUAUGGCUGACUCCUGCGUACGUUCUAGAGUUUCAAGGAAAGAACACCUUCCUGUUUAUUUGGUUAGCUGGUUUGUUCUUUCUUCUGAUCAACUGUUCCAUACUGAUUCAGAUUAUCUCCCAUUACAAGGAGGACCGGCACCUAAUAGAGAGGAUCAAAUAUGACUAGCGUGUGUUCUGGAUCUCCUGCAACUUCUAUCACAUUCUGAUUCUUCGGAAUGGACGUGAAAAGCUUUGGGGGAGAUUUUCCUCCCUGAACAUUCUAAGGACUCUGGUGAAAAGUUCCCUUGUUCCAAUAGAAAUUAAAACCAGUGUUGGCCUUAAAUGUAAAGGGGACCCAAUAAUCGAGGUCCAUCCUUUAGAAAGUCUUAGGACUCAUUCGUUUGAUGAGAAGUAAAGGUUUCUUGUUUGACAGUUGAAGAGCCGAUGAAACUAGAAGAUGCUAAAAUGUUUUUGUACAACAGAGAAACAGACAUGUUUCCUAGCAGUGUUUGUUCCUGUUACAGUGUACCGCCAUUGUACCUUCCGCCCUCACCUUGUCUUUCUGCAAUUCUGACAGCUGUGAGAAUUUACAGAGUUCCUAAAGUACAACAUGUUCACAUAUAAAAGGAAAAUUUUACAUUUUUGUAUUAAGUGUCGGGGCUUAGUGAUAAACAAUCCAAAGAAUUUGAAUGGUGAUCAUGUAUUUGUUUUGUAAUUUAGUUUUUCAGCCUUACUACCACUGAUUUUCGUUUUAUACAAAAAGUUAAAUUUAAACUCAUCCAUCUUUAGAGCUGAGUUUUUUAAGAAAAGAAAUUGAACAUUAUUCCAUUUAUAUGCUUAUAUUUUCUAUUAUCUAAAAAGAUUUUCAUCUAGAAUUUAAGCUGAGUGUUGUCUAUUGUAAAAGUAGUAGAAUUUAGGUGAUAAAACUUAAAGUUUUGGGUAAAACUCGGUUUACUCUAUACUGGUUUUGUCACUUAAAUUGUACAUUGUUGAUGAGGCAUCUCCCAGCUUACAUCCUACACUUUGAAAAUGCCUCAGUGGGAAGGAAGGAAGAUUGCUGGGAAGUGUAAGUGCAUCCUUAGGCCUCACUGGUCUAGAUGCAGUGGUUGCAGCGGAUGUGAGGUGUUGCAGAAAUGAGGCUUUGGUGGGCAAAGGUUUUACUUAUCACUUUGGGGGGAAGAUACUCCCUCAACUCUAUAAAUAGGCAUCCUAAAAUAUAUAGAAAAGCUAGAGCCCAUCUAGCUUGAGGCUUCCAAACAUUCAAAGAUCUAGCAAUAGAUGAAUAUGAUUUUUGUGAUCAUGAUUUUAAAAACUAGUAAAUUGUUUUUCUAGAGUCAAAAACAACAAAUUCCUAAAAACAAAUAUUGCUCCAGAAAAGUAGUUUUUUGUUGUUGUUUUUAAAUGUUAAGGCAAGCUUUAAAAGCCUUAAAAUAUUUAUAGGCUGGUCACAAUUAAAAGUUCUAUUACUGAUGGCUUUUCUUUGCUGGGUUCCUUUUGGGAUUUGGCCUUAGCAAGAAGACUAGGUGGCUUUUCUGUGACUGUGUAAGAAAAGCAGUCAGUUGUAGAAAACAGUGACUUUCGCUAAAACAUCAAGUUCCAUAUUCCUCACUAGCUUGUAACUUAACAGCUCAUUGUUUAAGGCUGUUUAAGUAGUGGCUUUCCAAUUACCUCACAUGAACCUUUAAAAUUAUUGUGGGUAUUGAAACCUGGGCCUCAAGCAUUCUGGACACGUGCUCUGCCACUGAGCUAUGUAUCCAACUCCAAGUGAAUUUUUAUAGUGAAAAUUUGAGGGAGGAAAGUAUACUAAGUGUGUUUGUAUAGGCCUGACUUCUUUUGUUGUUAGACAAUCUUAGUCCAGGCUGGCCUCAGGUUUACUUCAUAGCCCAAGAUAACCUGGAACUCCUGAUCCUCAUGUCUCUACCUCUCAAGAGCUGAGAUCACAGUCCUGUGCUACUGUGACUGGCUCAGAAAUCCUUAUCAAAGAAAUGCAAGUGUUUCUUAAGAGAUGCAGAAAAUAGUUUUCAGUUUAUCUGCUGCAAAACAUUUUUAUUACUUGUUUUAUGUGCAUGGGUGUUUUGCAUGGAUGUCUCUGCACCAUAUGUGUUCCUAGUGCCCAGAGUGCCCAGAAGAGGGCAUUGAAUUUCCUAGAAGUAGAGUCACAGAUUGUGAUGAGCCACCGUGUGGGUGCUGGGAAUCAAACCUGAGUCCUCUGGAAGAGCAGCCAGUGCUCUUAACCACUGAGCCAACUAUCUAGCUCCCUGUUGCAAAACAUUUAAUAAGUAGAGAAAUGACUUCGUUUGGUCUCUUAGGUUUUACUUUUGCUUUGCAGCUUUUAAAAUUUUUAUUUGGGGAAGAGGUACAAGUAUCAUGGCCUGUGUGUGGAGGUCAGAUACAUCUGUGACAUCAGAGGAAAACUUGAGCAGUCAGCUUUCCUCUUUCCACUAAGCUGGCCCUGGGAUCAAACUUGUGCUGCCAGGCUUGGCAGCAGGUACCUCUUCACACUGAACUGUUGGUGGCAUUGGCUUCUUUUCGUUGGUGAUACCUGUUGUUUCCUUACUAGCUCUUGAAUAAUACCUUAAAAUUGUGUGGCUCUUUGGCUUAUUUUCUGCAUAAUCCUCUUGUUCUUAACACUACCUGCCUUAUCUUUAUGUCACGGUAGCAAAUGCCUCAUGUGAAUCAACUUGUAGAGAGAAAAGGUUUAUUUGGGGCCAUGGAUUUGGAAGUUUCAGUUUAAGAUUGGUUGACCCUGUUGCUUCAGGCCUGUAAUGAGGUCGAAUACUGUGGCUGGGAGCACAUGCUAACACAAAUUAUUCACCUCAUUGUGGAUGCAGAAGAUGGAGAGGAAGAGACAAGGGUUUUUCCAGUUCCCUUUGAGGGGCCACCCCUGAUGCCUUAAAGUCUCCCACAGGGCAUGACCUGAAGUUGCCAUGGCUUCCCAGUAGUGCCACAGGCUUAACACAUGGGCUUCUGUGAGGAGUGUUCAGAUCCAUGCUGUAGCAUCUCCCUGUAAGAUUGAUAGACUGAUUAACAGACAAGCAGUAGUUACUAUUUUAAGAAUGUUUCUCCAGAUAGGUUGUAUUCUAAACAGAGUACUUUGUGUUUUCUUCUCUAACUGCUUUUUUGGUGUCUCCAAAAUGUCCCUAGAAGCCGAAAGUUAAAUUCCUUGGAUUAGAGUCAUUAUUGUUUUUUUUGUUGUUGUUGUUUUUUGUUUUUUUGGUUUUUUUUUGUUGUUGUUGCUGUAGGAGAUAGGUCUCUGUGUAGCCCAGGCUGGCCUCAUCAAAGUUGCUAUGUAACAGAGGCUUGACCUUGAACACCUCUUGACUCUACCUCCCAAGUACUGGGACUAGCAGGUGUGCUGGUUGUUUGGAUUAGUUUCUUCGGGAAAAGCUGUGAUAAUCAUCCACUACUGGCCAGCUCAGCAAAAGGAUUCUUAAACUAUAGAUCGUAGUUACAGACGUCUCACCAUCUGGAUUUCAUAUGUGAUGUAAUGAUGUUUCAUAAGUUGUAUAAAACUUGUCCUUUAGUUAAUUUAUGGCUGAAUAUAUAUAUAUAUAUUUUUAACAUCUGGUGUUAUAUUACCGACUCUCUUGCAAUCUGUGGUGUGAGUUAUGGGGAGAAAAGAAAAAUAUGAAAAAUUCUACUUGUGGUCUUUAAAUGAAAUCUCUUGUUACUUCC